AUGGCAAGGAAGCGCAAGGCCGCGGUGGUUGACAGUGACAGCGAUUUCGACGCGUCGUACGAGCCCCGUGGUACAAGAGACGACGCGAGCAGUGGUGGCGAGGACGAGGACGACUGGAGACCGAGUAGGAGCACAAAGGGCGCGGCGCGGACGCUAAAGAAGAAGGGAAAGGGAGGCAAGAGUGGAGACGCGUCGAAUGCGCAGCGGUUUGCAUGCACGCAUCCUGCCUCCCUCCACGUGCUCGACCGCCCCGUUGCUCUCCGGGAAGCCCUGCUGGACUGGUACGAGGGCGUGCACGCGAUGCGCGGCAUGCCCUGGCGCAAGCCGUUCAAUCCUCAAUGGGAUGGGGAACAGAAAGCACAGCGCGCAUACGAGGUGUGGGUCUCGGAGAUCAUGCUGCAGCAGACACAAGUGGUCACCGUCAUCCCGUACUAUAAUCGGUGGAUGGAGAAGUACGCAGCGUCCGAUAUAGACUCGGUGAACAGCUUGUGGAAGGGUCUCGGGUACUAUUCCCGCGCUGCCCGGCUCCUCGCAGGCGCGCAAAAGGCCGUGAGGGACUUCGGCGGGAGACUGCCGGACAAUGCACAAGACCUCGAGGCGAAGAUCCCCGGCAUUGGCCGCUACAGCUCCGGCGCCAUCGCAUCUAUCGCGUACAACGAGUGCGCUCCCGUCCUCGACGGAAACGUCCACCGGCUCCUCAGUCGUGUCCUCGCCCUCCACGCCUCCCCGAAAGCGAAAGCAACGCUCGACCUCCUCUGGGCCGCCGCCGCCGCGUUCGUCGCCGCCGCGCCGCGCCCGGGCGCGGUGAACGAGGCGCUGAUCGAGCUCGGCGCGACGGUGUGCAAGGUCCAAGCGCCCUCGUGCGGCGUGUGCCCGCUCCAGGCGCACUGCGGCGCGCACGCCCGGCACGGCGCGUCGGAGGCACCCGCGCCGCCGGUGCCGGACAUCGAGGAGCUCUGCGCGGUCUGCGAGCCGCUCCCCUCGGGGGCGGGCGUGACGGCGUACCCGAUGAAGGCGGAGAAGAAGAGGGCCCGCGAGGAGCUCGACGUCGUUAGCGUCGUCGAGUGGCGCGCCCCACCAGGCGGCGGCGAGGAUCCAGAGCGGUGGUUCUUGCUCGUCCGGCGCCCUGAAGGAGGACUGCUCGCGGGUCUGCACGAGUUCCCGACCGCGCCGAACGUGCCGCAGAGCACCUCCCCACAGGCCCAGGCCGCGAGCGCGCACGCCCUCCUCUCCUCCCUGCUCGUCUCGCCCCCGCCAUCUCCAUCCGGAACGGGCGGCAGCGCCGAGCGCUCUCCGAAGGGGGUGCGAGUGACGCAGAUCGCGCAGGCGGGCGACGUCCUGCACGUGUUCUCGCACAUCCGGAAGACGUACCGGGCGCAGUGGGUGCUCCUCGAGGGCGGUGCCGGCGAAGCGCCGCCCGCGCUCGCCGCGAACCCUGUCCUCGCGUUCGCCGGGGACGGCGACGGGGAGGCGGGAGCGAAGCCGCGCGCCGCCGCCCGGAAGACGAAGAAGGCAAAGGCCCACGACAAAAACGACGACGCGGCGGCGGUGGUGGCGGCGGCGGCGGACGCGAGCCCGACGCCGCCGCAGACGCAGUGGGUCCGGAUGGACGCCGUCGAGCGCGCCAACAUCGGCACGGGCGUCGUGAAGGUGUGGCGCCAGGUGCGCGCGCUCUGGGAGCGCGAAGGCGAGGAUCAUGAUGCACGCAUGUACAGACGCCUGCGCAUCUACACCGUCGUGUCGUCUUUGCUGUCCGCGCACUAG